GCAGUCAGCUGAAGUGGCCUGCAGUACUGCACUCUAACCACUGCGCCACCUCGGCUCCAGCAUAUUGGAUUUCUUGACAAAUCUUUGCAAAUACCCAUACACACACACACACACACACACACACACACACACACACACAUAUAUAUAAAGAAAAUAAAGUGCAAAAUUCUAUGCAGGAAAAUAGGAAGAAAGUAAACAUCUUUAUCUGCCAUUUGACCUGCUAAACAAUCCUGUUUUAAAAUUCAGAUUCAUCAUACAAUAUGCAAGAUUUGAAGAUUUCCAGGCCAAAACUGGCCUGUGACAUUUUGAUCUGGGACAGAACAGCAGAUGAUCUGCCCCUGCCCACCCCCCUCAGAUCAGAUGUUUCUCAAAGUAAACCAAGUGAUUUGAGAACAAGAGGUGGUAGAAUCAAAAUGGCGCUCUAUACCUGCCAUUAGAAAUACAAUAGUAAGAAACUAAAUAACAAUUUGCGGUGCUUUUGUGGAAUCUAACACCUCUUGUCUGACUAAGCAAGGCCAGCCCUGUUAUAGGUAUGUUGAUAAACAAAAAUUGGGUAGAUUUAGAAAAGAGAAAGUCCUGUGUUAGAGUAGAAGUUAGGCAUUCCAAAAUAACCCCAAAUUGGAACCAUCCCAGGAAUUGGAUUCCCCUUCAUAAUUACAAUGCUAUUUGAGACCAUGCUAAAUUGGGCUUUGAAUAUUUGGCUUAACUCCCUGGACUACAACCCCCAUCAUCAUCCUUCAGCAUUAGCGAAACUGUCUAAAAUGGUGUCUACAGUGAAAGUGGUACAACAUCUGGAGGACGACAUGUUCUCUAUUUAACACCAUGGCUUGAUAAAGCUCUUUAGCUGUUUUUGGCAGGACCAUAUCUUCACAGUGUUUCUUGGAGCUAAAUCUGAAGCUCCUUUGAGCCAAACUCUGAGAAAGUUCCCCAUUUGAUAUUUGAUGAACAAGGGGCAGCUGCUCAAAAUGUCAUCCUGGCCAUACUCAAGCUUCUGCCUGGAAUUGGGCAGGAUAACUACAGUAUCCCUUUCUUUCUUCUAUAUUUAAAAGUGUGGCGCUCAGACCAAAGAAGUUGCCAACCUCUAGUAAAGCAGAUAAUAUAGGUCAGGGACAGUCAUCCCUUCAAGGUAUGCAAGGUCACAAAGUAGGAGUCACCAGAAGCCCUGGAAUGUUCUUGAAGGCGCUUAGGCUCAGGGCAUGGUAACAAACUCUUCAAAGUCCAUUAAAGCCUCUCCCUACUUCAACUUAUAUCUAAUCCAGUCAAGAUGAACUUGUUUUGAGUUUCUUCCUCAUGCUUUCUACUUUCUCAGGACUCAGACAUCUUUUCUGUAGAGGCUCAACAUUGCCUUCCUCUACUUCCCUGAACAACCCACAUUCCAUCAAAGAUGGAUGCAAUUGCCAAGUUUAGCAGUAAAUGUCUUAAGACUUUGCUGCAUGGACUGCUUUGCUCACAUCGUUGACUUCUAUGAGAUUAUUUGACCUACAAUUGACGGGAUUUAGAGCCAUUCAUUAAUUCUUUCUUCAUGUCAUAUUCAGCAGUGACUCAAUCACAGUUAGAUACCUAUAGUUAAUUGUGCAUUUACUCCAAAAGGGUAAUUUGUUCAGCUGAGUAGAAGUUGCACUCUUGCUACUUUGAAGAUCCAUAGGAAUUGUGCUGCAGGUCUAUUUAAAGCAUUCAAGUCACAUGGGAUCAGGAAUCUUUACUAAUCCAUUCUUGGUGUGCCACCAGCUGCUUCUCCUUAAAAUAAAACUACCGGCAAACAGCAGGGAUCAGGAGGUGAAGAGAAGAACUACUACAUUUUACCUAAGAAAACUGGUCCUGCUUUCCAGCCAACAUGUCGGAUCAAAGCCCCUUUGAAACAGAUAUGAUAACCCUGAACCGAUAUGUCAUGGAGAAAGGACGGCGGGUGAAAGGGGCAACGGGAGAACUGACCCAGCUUUUGAACUCAACACUCACUGCCAUCAAGGCUAUCUCAUCAGCAGUCCGAAAGGCAGGUCUUGCUCAUAUGUAUGGAAUUGCAGGGAGCGUGAAUGUGACUGGGGACGAGCAGAAAAAACUGGAUGUGUUAUCCAAUUCUCUGGUUAUAAACAUGCUCCAAUCCUCCUACAGCACUUGCGUCCUGGUCUCUGAAGAGAAUAAAGAAGCAAUAAUCACUCCAAAAGAAAAGAGGGGUAAAUAUGUGGUGUGCUUUGAUCCACUAGAUGGCUCUUCCAACAUAGAUUGUUUAGCCUCAAUAGGAACAAUAUUUGCAAUUUACAAGAAGACCACUGAAGAUGAGCCUUCUGAAAAGGACGCCUUACAACCUGGACGCAACAUUGUGGCUGCAGGCUAUGCUCUGUAUGGCAGCGCAACACUGGUCGCCCUUUCAACAGGCCAAGGAGUGGACUGCUUUAUGUUGGAUCCUGGUCUUGGUGAAUUCAUUUUGGUGGAAAAAGAUGUGAAGAUUAAGAAGAAAGGAAAAAUCUAUAGUCUUAAUGAAGGUUAUGCAAAGUAUUUUGAUCCUGCUGUGACUGAAUAUUUACAGAAGAAGAAAUUUCCUGAGGAAGGUACAUCUCCUUAUGGAGCCAGAUACGUAGGCUCCAUGGUGGCUGAUGUUCAUCGUACCUUGGUGUAUGGCGGGAUAUUUUUAUAUCCAGCUAAUCAGAAAAGUCCCAAAGGAAAGCUGCGGCUCUUGUACGAAUGCAACCCCAUGGCUUUUAUCAUUGAACAGGCUGGAGGAAUAGCUACCACAGGCAAAGAGGCGGUGCUGGAUAUAAAGCCAGAGUCUAUUCAUCAGAGAGUCCCUUUUGUUGUUGGUUCUCCUGAAGAUGUUCAAGAAUAUCUUGCAUUUGUACAGAAACACCAGAAAAGCAGCUAAUGGCCCUCUAAAGUGCCGCCUCUAUUUGCUUUUGCUCUAUGCUCUGGAAAAAUAUGAAGCCACAAAGUCAAAGAAAUGUCCAAUCUGAUUAUUAUAAUAAGAAAGGCAUUGUUUUCUCCUCCCUUUUUUUUAAAAAAAGAAAAUCUUCAUUUAAAUAAAAAUAUCAAGAUCAUUUUUUAAAAAGAAACAACAAGGAUCUUUUUGAAUACCUCAUUUUCUCAGACACGUUUUGCAUGGGAAAUUUACUCCUCAUGUCUAGCAUAAAGUCAGCUAAAUAAUAAAAUCACACAUUGUCCAGUCUUGUGACCAGUAAGGCAAUGGCUUUAAUCUUUCCAUUUAGACUUGAUCAAAACACUAAAAAUGUUCUCCCCCCCCCAAAUGUUACGUCCACACUGUUGGCAAUUUUAUAUUGCCAGACUGGCCUUUAAUCUGUAUAGAUUAAAAUGGUUUUUCAUGAUUUGUUUCUUCUUUUGUUUUUUACAUAUAUCUUGCAUACCUAACUUUUAAAAGUUGAUUUUGCCUUCAGCCAACUAACACAAAUAACUUAUAUACCUUUAAAGCUCCCCAGAUUUGUCCCCCCCACCCCAUAUAAAGAAUUGAUUGUUGUGCCUAUAUGGCGACAUGAUUCUGGUACCGUGACAA